AUGAAGUUCCUUCACAUUGCCGUAGCGGGCGUACUUGCUCUCGCCGCAAGUGGUACGGUUACCGGAAACACGACAGACUGGACACAGUAUGUGAACAUGUUCAUCGGUACAGAGGGUCCGGUUCCUGGGACGGCCUACAAUGCCGGCAAUGUCUUCCCUGGCGCUGCUCUACCCUUUGGUGCUGUCAAGGUUGGGAUUGACACGACGAGGUGGAAUGUCUCAUUUUCUGCAAAUGCUGGAUUUACACCAGAUGGCAACGUCACAGCCGUCACCAUGCUUCACGAAAGCGGCACCGGAGGAGCACCAACCUACGGCCUCAUACCCCAGAUGCCACUGACUACCAUCGAGGGUGUGAACGUGCUCGACAAUCUGACUUACAUGCAGCCCCGAAUCGCCGAAGAUGUAGCGAGUGUAGGCUACUAUAAGACCCAACUUCAGAACGGCGUCACAGCGGAGAUGAGCGCCAGUAUGCAUGCGGGCAUCAUGAAAUAUGAGUACCCAAAGGACACUGGUCGGUACGUCUUGGUCGACCUGAGUCAUCUUCUGCCCAGCACUGGCAAGAAGGAACAGGCGUGGAGCAACGGUGAGCUUGAGAGAAGCGAAGAUGGCACCUGGUACUCGGGGUAUGGCGUGUACAGAGAAGGGUGGGCUUGGGGCGGUAAUUAUCGCGUGUAUUUUUGCGGGCACUUCGAUACAACACCAUCAUCGGCCCAGCUGUUCUCCGGCAAGGCGACUGAUCCGUACUGGCCAAAUGCGACAGAUGUCAGGCCGACUUUCACGAACAAGACCUCGAUCAAGGGCGGGACAGUGGAAUACCAGUACGCUGAUCGCAUAGGGGCCCUCUUUGAGUUUCCACCCAAUGCGACGACAGUCAAGUCCAAGGUCGGAGUCUCCUGGGUAUCAGCCGAUAAGGCAUGUCAGUUUCUGGAAGAGAUCCCAAGCUGGGAUAUCGAAGCUGUCAAGGCAGAAGCGCAGAACCAGUGGAACACCGAAGUUCUCUCCAAGGUUGAAGCCAGUACGUCAAACGAAACGCAGCUCGAAAUGUUCUACACGGCCAUGUAUCACUCCCAUCUCCUGCCAUCGAACCGCACUGGCGAGAACCCCUAUUGGGACUCGGGGGAGCCUUACUACGACGACUUCUACACCCUCUGGGAUACCUUCCGAUGCCUCCAUCCUCUCCUGACGCUCAUACAACCCAAAGCACAGAUUGAGAUCGUAAGAGCCAUGAUCGAUAUCUGGAGAUAUGAGCGUUUCAUGCCAGAGGGGCGCAGUCAUAACCACAAUGGCAGAGUACAAGGUGGCUCAAACUCGGACAAUGUCCUCGCAGACGCCUACGUAAAGGGGCUACAAGGCGGCAUCAACUGGACUGAUGGAUAUGCUGCUAUGAAGACCAACGCAGAAGUGCUGCCCUACAACAAUUUCGACUUCGAGGAUCCGACUGGCAGUACGAAGGAGGGACGUGGGGCGCUGCAGGACUGGAAGGAAUACGGAUAUGUGACUCCAGCAAGAGGCAGGUGCUUGAGCAAGACGGUCGAGUACUCGUUGAAUGACUUUAGCUUGUCCCAAGUCGCCAAGGGAGAGGCACCCGAGGAUAUCGCCUUGUACCGCAAUCGCUCAGCUGGCUGGCAGAAGACAUGGGCGACAGAUGUCACUUCGCUUAACUACACGGGUUUCUUGGCGCCGACAUAUCCAAAUGGCAGCUACCAGGACUACGAUCCUCUGUCCUGCGGCGAGUGUGAAUGGGGCAGCAUCAGCUAUGAAGGUGUCCCGUGGGAAUACAGUUGGACGACCCCGUUCGACAUGGAGACACUCAUAUCCCUCAUGGGCGGACCAGAGACAACUGAAGCACGUCUGGAUACCAUGUUCACACUCGGACUCACGCAGUCCGACCAAGGCGGUAACAGUGCCGGCUCGACGAUAUUCAAUCCGGGCAACGAACCGAGUUUCAUGACCCCAUUCCUGUACAACUACCUCCCACAGCGGCAACACAAGUCCGUCCGUCGAUCGCGAGAACUCGUCGACCAGUACUACAACGCCGGCCGCUCUGGCAUCCCCGGCAAUGAUGAUGCAGGCUCUAUGAGCAGCUGGCUUGUGUGGAAUAUGAUUGGACUGUAUCCGGUCGUGACCCAGCCGGUCUACCUGGUGCUUGCGCCGCGCUUCGAAGACGUUACCGUGAGGCUGGGGGACAGUGGGUCGGUUCUGAGAAUCAAGGCUACCGGACUGGAAGAUGGGAUGUACGUCCAGAGCUUCAAGGUCAAUGGCCAGAGCUGGGACCGAAGCUGGGUCAGCCAUGAAGAUAUCGUGCGGCCUGGCGGAGAAGACAGCUUGCUCGAGUUCGAGAUGGGAUCUGAGGUGGCCAUAUGGGAUACCGGAGAGGUGCCUCCGAGUCCGGGUCACGUAAAACUCUGA